AUGUCGCUCUCUUUAGAACAUUCACGGUACUGCCUCGAAGGUGUGCAAGCAGCUCGUACACAACCGGAUGUCCCCCAGGAUAAAACAGUCUCUCUGAAUAAAGAAAUAAUGUACCGAUGGUCUUGCACUGAACCACCGGGCAACAAAACACCAAAAGUGUAUAGAAAGUGCUCGAAUUCUGUGUUUAGAAGAAAGAGGAUUGAAGAGAACGGGGAGGUGACUGAGCGCUUUCUCGGUAUUAUCCAUGUUGCUGAUACCAAAUCUCUGACACUAAAACCUGCAAAUGAAUCGUUACUUAAGGAGCAUUCUCUCACUUUUUCUAGAGUUCGUGGUCAAGGUUAUGAUGGUGACAGCAAUAUGCAAGAAAAUGCUGAUUGUGGGUGCCUAUUUGUUGAUGUGCUUGCACCAUUAUUGAAUUUUGUGGGUGGUUCACCUAAGAGAAAAGAAUUUCUUCGACAAAAACAGGCUGAACAUGUUGCGGAGGCACUAACUUUGGGUGAACUUGAAUCGGGAACUGGUUUAAAUCAGGAGCGUAGCUUGAGUAGACUCGGUGAUACUCGUUGGGUUUCUCACUUUAGAACCAUUUUGAAUGUGCUUAAUUUGUAUCCCACGAUUCUUGAGUCACUUGAUGACAUUGGAGCUAUUUCUGAUCGUGUUGAUAGGACUAAAGCUGAGUCACUUACUCACUUAUUGAUGACAUUUGAUUUUAUCUUUGUGGCACAUUUGAUGAAGAGUAUAUUUUCUAUUACAAAUGAGUUGAACAUGGCAUUGCAAAAAAGUGAUCACGAUAUUGUGAAUGCAAUGACAAUGAUUGAUGUAACUAAGAUAAAUUUACAAGAGUUACGAGAUGAUGGUUGGGAUUCUCACAUAGAAAAAGUAACCACAUUUAUGGUUAAGUAUGACAUUGAAAUUCCUAAUAUGGAGGGAAAGUAUGCUGUCCCAGGGAGAUGA